AUGGACAACGACUCCAAAGCAAUUUUGAAUGGAAUUAAUUUGCGAUUGAAUGACAUUGACUUGAAACUAUCGUUUGUUCUGGAACUGCUUACAAAUCGUCCACCCGAGAAAUCAUCAAAAGAGAAGUUGACAACACUACAGUUUUUGCAUCCUCAGUCAUGUGAAACGACGAGCGAUCGCAGAAGUGGUGGCUUCAUGGGAUCAAAAGAACAGGGACAACCAAUAGAACGGAUACCGGCAUUCCCAGUUGAAGAUGAAGUUGGUGAAAUAGUCUUAGGCAAUACAGUUCCUUUUUUGCAACUGGACAGCAACAAAAAUUCUGUCCAACAGCAGCAAGAUGACAUAUUACCCGAGUCGUCGUCUCUUUCUGCCAAAGAGCGAUCAACCACAAUAUCAACUGGUAUUAUAACAACUAACGACAGUGAAGGUGACGAAGAAGAAGUUGAUGAUUACGAUGAUGAACUGGAUGAGGAUGUUUCAACAGCAAACCAAAAUCGUGAGGUAAAAAUAAUUCAUGCAGAAAGUAAUUUUCCUGAAGGAGCUGUACGGCGAGCUGCUGAAAAGGCGGCACGAAGUUUUCAAAGCACUCAACCAAAGGUUUUUGCAUGGCAAAUAUUACGUGAAUCAGUUACCGACCAGGAACUUCGAAAUGUGCAUAUCUCCUUAAGAACAUUUCAUGGUGAAACUGCAGAUCAUCUCUUAUCUCGGCAAUUACCAAAGAUACGCCUGGUAGUAGAAGCAACAAUGUCCUAUUUCAAGUGGGAUCAAUUAAGUGAUGAAAAUCAGUUAACUAAAGCUAAGCUGUUACUGAGUCAUCUAAAAAAUAACGCCAAAGUGCGAAAUUGGACUCUUAGAGAAGGACGUCCAAAUCGGAUAUCGAAUACGAUGGAUGCAGUAUGGAAACGUUACGCAGCUUUCCUCGGACAAACCAGUCUUGCUACGGUGGGUUUAUUACCAAGUCAUAUAAGUCAGCUCAAUCGAUAA